AAAAGCUUUAUUGAUUUGCGCAUUUUUAACAUGUCUGGGUAUGACUUUCCUCAUAUUGGCGUGUGCUGUGCCGCAACCCAAGAUUUUCUAUCCGUUCUUCGUCUUAUUAUUCUACGUUCUGUCCGUUUUGCCAGUAUUCGUCGCGAAACGCUUUAAUCAAAGCAAUGAUACUAAUCCAAAGACAGAGUUUGCCCUAUUCCUUUGCGCUGGCAUGGUGCUGAGUGCCUUCGCUUUUCCCAUCGUUUUGGCGCAUAGUCAAGUGAUCACUUGGACGGCAGCCACACUUACUUUAAUAAGUAAUGUUAUUAAUUACUUAACCAUAUUCGGCUAUUCAAUGAGAGACAGCGAAUUCGAUGCUCCGUACGGUGGAAUGUUCUAAGUUGUUACUUUAUGUGUUCUUAUGCGAUGAAAUCUGAGCAAGUAGAUCCUUUUAGCAAAAUUACUACAACGACUUCUAAUAGUCGGGCCUACAUAUAUUACAAACUAAUAAAACGAACAACAACCACAUUAAUAUCAAACACCUUGCAAACCUGCGGAAAUUCAUCGAAAAGAAAAACUAAGUAAAAUUAAACUACUUUGGAUAUGCAAAAGUCCAAUAAGUUUAACUAUAUUAGCGAAUGACAUACUUGAAAGCAACGGUAUAGUUACAUAAAUCUAUACACAAAACAACCAAUAAUCAUGUUUAGUUUUAAGAUAAAAAAGCUUUUUUGUAUUUGCAAUCUACAUAUGCAAAACGAGAAAAGUCUGAUAAUUUGGCAUGUUCACCGUUUUGCGAAAUACAAGUCAUAAAAAGUUAGAUGGAAUAUGUAAAAUGAAGCGAUUCCUUCACUAAGGCAGACAUACAUACAUAAAAUAAAGAAAAAAAUAAAUUUAUGUUAUACAAACUUCAA